AGCCCUUUUUCUUUUGGCUCUCUCAUCUCAAACACACGCACACAUCUAAAAGGAAACAGUCUUUCAACAACAGCCUCUUCCCCAAACACAAACGUCGAAUCUGAACUUCGCCACAAAAGCCAUAAGAGCCUUAACCUAACCACCCUUUCGCCGUCGUCUCUUCUGCCUCUCUUUCAGCUUCCUUUCCUUCAGAUCUGGGGAUUUUCGCAAAGUUUCUGUCUUUUUCUUUUGUGUUCCUUUUAGAUGUUUGCAUGAAAAUUGAUUUCUUUAGGUUCCCGUAUAAUUUUUUAAAUUAAUCUUUAUAAGGGUUUGCCUAAGAUUUGUUUGAUUUGGCUUAAUUGUGAAGGACAACUGUUCAACAAUGCACACAGCAAGAUUCUACUCAUCUGGCUGUAUGCUAGGAUUGUUAGAUGAUUAAUUUACUGCUCCAAGUACUAGGAAAUAAAUUGGAGCAUAAAUAUGAUUGGAUGGGAUUGUUUGGAUCAGGUGGGCAUAACCAAUGAAAUGUUUUUGGAUUUGACGAUAAGGAAUAGGGUUACAAAUCAAAGUUUGAUCAGACACUCAACUCAAGUCAUAGAGACAAUUCUUUAUGGAGUUGGAGAGUGACUUUUGGGAGUUUUGAUGUAUAGUUAAAUUUCUUGUUAUACAAUCAAUUUACCAUUUUCUUAGACAUUUGCUCAAAUUUAUAUAUCAAUGUAAAACUUUCAACAGUAGAAUUUUAAUGUCUUUUUCUUUAGUUCCUUUUCCCUUAAAAUUGUCUAUGUCUGCUGUAGGUUGCUUUUAUGAUUAAUAAUAUGUUAUUUUUCAAAUAUUUUAUCCAAGUAUAUUCAAAAUUAUAUAAUACAUGAACGUUUUAGACUUUUAUUUGGGCAUAGAUCAUACAGAUGAAUAGCAUUCUCACUCGCUGUAAAAGCUUGUCUUUUCCCAAUUUCUUCUAUCUUUUUGUUUCUUAAUCACUUUGGGGGUUUUUCAGCCUCUUAACAUUUAGGAUUGGACACAUUGUUAUUGGCUCAAAGUGGUUCAUUAUAGAUUCAUAUGAUUAUCAUUGAGUGAUUAUCCAGCUUUGGAACCUUGAAUUUGGAGUAUGAAGAAAGCUCAUUAAAUUACCAAUUAAAAGACAUUUAUUCUCAAUUAUAGAAGAAAAGAACCACAAUGGUUGCAGCGACACAGCAGCAGCAGCAGCAACAAGCAACAGCAAGUGCCCUGUCUGCAGAGGAAGAAGCCUUGAAAAGGAAUACGGAUUGUGUUUAUUUUCUUGCUUCUCCUUUAACUUGCAAAAAGGGAAGUGAAUGUGAGUACCGCCAUAGUGAAUAUGCCCGGGUUAAUCCAAGGGAUUGCUACUAUUGGUUGAAUGGAAGUUGCUUGAAUCCAAAGUGUGGAUUUCGUCAUCCACCCCUUGAUGGCUUGUUUGGAAUCCAAGCGGCAACUUCAGCUGGGCCUUCUUUGCCUCAGUCACAGAAGGUAGCAGCACCUGCCGUGCACGCUCCCCAAAAUCCUGGUAAGCAAGCAGUCCCAUGCAUUUUCUUCCAGAAGGGAUUCUGCUUAAAAGGUGAUAGAUGUGCAUUUGUACAUGGACCAAGUCCUACUAGUAACAAAAUAUCACAACCAGUGGGACCUUCUGCUGGCACUGAACUCCCACCUCAAACAAAGGCUUAUGGUGGUCCUCAAAAGCUCACUCAAGACCAGAGGACUCCACAAGCAAAUUUCUCAAGGGCAGUUGAAGCAUCUACUGAAGCUAAACUUGCAUCAAAAUCAGAAAUUGGUUCACGAAGAGAUGUAGUAGGAGUUGAGAGAAAUCUUCCCCCAUCCAAAAGCAUGGAUGUUGAGGUUGCUAAAUAUAAAGUAACCGAUCUUCAUCCUGUGGUCAAUGGAAAUUCAAGUCGUUUCAAUCGUUUGCAUCAGUCACAAGUUCCAGAUGAUCAAAAUUUCCAGAACGGUAAGGAUGUUGAUGAGCUUUUGAGGGAGUCAUCUCCUGGUUUUGAUGUUCUUGUAGAUGAUGAAUUGAGAAAUUCUGAUUUUUACCAUGGUGAAGAUCAAUACGGAAGGACAACUGGCCCUGAAGGAAGGAACUUGAACCCUGUGGGUGAGUAUGAUAGGGGUCAUUCUGCUGAUUACAAUCCAGUCUCUGAAAUUGACACAGAAACUUAUCGUGAUCUACGAGGCUAUGAUACCUAUGAGCGCAUGCAAGGGCAGUAUGGGUGGGAUCAGCAUAAGUCUUCAUCGGAUAGAAUGUCACUAGGGUUAGCUCAUCGGGAAAGGAGGGCUUACUCCAAAGCAGAUAGCCCUGAACACACUGAUGAUGCAGAUCUGCGUUAUUGUUUAUCAAAGCAUAGGAGAGUUGACGGAUUGAGAUCAGUUGUCAGUCAUGAUUUUGUCCCUGACAACCAUGUUGAGGAGAGAGGGUAUCGUAGUUCUUCACGUAGGGACUCCCAUAGUAUUAGUAGCCGCUUUCAUGGUAGAAUAAAGCUUCCAGGAAGUUCAUCCAAUGGUAGUGAUUUACGUGUAGAAAGGGAAAUAGACAAAGGUAGGAGUCGGGGCAGAUUGUCACCAGGUAGGUCACAGAUUCCCUCCCAUCAAGGCAGGCUUCGUGACAGAAUAAAAGGAAGGGUGGAAGAAGAUUAUGAUAGUGAAGGGAGAAGUAUUAGAGGUAAUCGAAUGAGAAGAGAAAUGACAGAUGACAGAAAUACUGAUUUUGCUGCUCCUAAAAGUCUUGCUGAGCUCAAAGGUACAAAAAGUAUAGAGGGUGUGAUGCAACAAUCCCUUAGGAAGAGAAAACAAUUGGGAGAUCAUCAACCAUCUGAAGGUGAUCUUUCAUUUGAAGGGCCGAUGCCUCUUAGUGAGAUUCUAAAGAGAAAACGACAGGCUGGAGUAGCAGCUUCUGGUAGUGCAUCUUCUUUUAACAAGCAUGAUGAUAAUCAGAAAGAAAGCAAGGAAGGCUUGCCUGGAAGCCCCAAUAAUGCAGCAGUCACAGAGAUAGAAAAUGGUCCUUCAUUUGUAAAGAAUGAAGCAAACAGGCAAGUGCUUAAAGACGAUGACGUACCCAAGUCUGCAAUAGCUGUUGAGAAUACUGAAGUUGAUCUCGGUCAGUGUUCUCAACUACCUAAUCAAAGUGAGCCUGAGACUGAAGAUGGGAUGAUUGUUGAUGAUGGUGUAGAGGAAGAAGAGUAUGAAGUUGAUGAUCAAGGGGAGGGGGACUAUGAAUAUGAGCAAGGUGAUGAAGGCGAAUAUUAUGAAGAGGGUGAAAAUGCAGAAGGGGAAGAGGAAUAUGUAGAUGAGAAUGAGGAGUUUGCUAAGAAACUUGGUGUAGUGUUCACCUGAUAGGAAUGAUGAGAUUGAUGCUUUUUUUCCAUGAGUGUGGUUUGCUCACUACCUUGGAAGCUUGUUUCCCUAGGUUGGUUCUGAUCAAUCAGGGGUGGUUGCCAUGAAUUUUCUUUGUAGUAGUAGGGAUGUCAAGUUCUUCUCCGGCAUUAAUUUAAACUUUUUCAUUGUAUCUAAAACUGAUUGAAUGGGAAUUUUCUUGCGCUUGGGGUAAUUAGCUUUAGCCCCUAAAUUCUGCUUGCACAAAAGGUACGACUGUAACAGUAGAAACUUAAUAAGAAAACUGCUGCUUACUCUUCUCAAAA